UGAGGGUGGUCUCAGUAUUGCCUCCGCGAGAUCUUUCUGUAUUCGGACGACUAGUGCAAGAGCAGCGAAGGCAUUCAGAACAUCCGUGGAUCGUCUAUAAAGGCGAGAUGUUCCUCUUCACAAGGAACUGUUACGACGUUGCCUACAACAACCCACUACUUGAGAAAAAUCUAAGUCGGCCAUAAUGCAUCUACCAAGCUUCUCCUCAUCCACACUCCUCGCAUCCUUGACAUAUAUCGCAACGGCUGCUUCAAUACCUUUAUCAGCACGCGAUCCCGCCGCGCAACCGCGUGUCACGUCUCUUUCCUAUAGCGGAAGCGGAUGUCCGUCGUCAUCGCCGGCCGUCGAGCGCACGGGUGCUGGAUUUAGCGACAUUGGGUUCAAACUAAACGGCUUUUCCGCCAGCUUGCCGGGUAUUGAGAAUGCAAACACAGCCUGCCAGGUUCACCUGCAGGCUACAGGUUGCUCGUCGGGCUGGCAGGUCGGGAUCCAGAGUGCUACGAUUCAGGGACACCUCGUCCUCGAUCCCAGUGCAAGCAUCACAUGGUAUCUAACGAGCUACUGGAGUGAGAACGCGGGUACAACGAACACCAUCUCCGGUACCAUUUCUAAUACGGGGUCGUCCCGCCUCGACCAAGACAUCAGCAGGACCGCCAAAGCUGGCUCAGUGGCUUGGUCCCCUUGCACCAAAUCCGACGGCUUCCUUGGCAUCCUCAACGUCAACUUCCGCGUCGCCCUCGAUGCCCCCGGGAAGCAGUACGCUUACUUUGGCAAGGACGCCAACACGGCAACCGCCGAAAGCUGGGAUUACGUCUGGAGGCAGUGCUAAACGCCUGACUUGUCGUUGGCGGGCUUGGGUAUUUGAGCGAAGAAUUGCGUGUUAGGGAGACGAGAAUGGGAUGUUUGACUAACGAAUGGAACCAAAAAGUCUUCAUUGCUUUGAAUACCCCUUGAAAAGACGGGAAGAUGAAAUUCCCAGAUACGUCUGCGGGCGAAGGGGGUCUAUUUCCUUGACUUGUUAGAGAUUUCCAUUAGCCAGUUUAGUUUGUAUCUAUACUUAAUCAAGGUUUCUUACAAUCAUGCCCUUCUUCCUGACUGUGGGGAAUGAAAUGAAUGAGGUCACUGAAGAAUCAUUUCGAUGACUGGUUUUCAACUCAUAAGCGACACAAGUUUAAAUCAUCCUGGGGUGUCUGCUGUAAUCUCAUAUUAUGACCAUCGAGUCUCCCCUUGAAUCUAGGAUCGAUGGCUGCGUCGGGAUUAAGGAGAACAAGGCAUGAGAACUUCAAUAUUGGAUUUCCGGGACAAAUUUAGUAUCUCU